UAUUUAUUCAUUCUGUACGUGUAGAUUCAGUAGCCAAAUGCUGUAUCACAUGAAACAUCUUUAAUUUUUUUCCUCCCUCCAGGAUGGAAGAGCAGUCAUAAAACCACAAAGUCGACUCAAACACAAGAGUCUUCAUUUCAGGAGCAAAUAAUGAAAAGAUCCAAAAAGAAUGGGCCCUGGGACUUCAAAUCAGAAAGUCCCUGCAUGUAUGAAAACAGAUUCGAGAAAAACCAGGAGAAAAAGGACAGUGUGCAGAUAGUUUCGGUCACCCACACAAAAACCCUCACUGCAGAAAGAAGACAUAAAAAUACUGAAUUUGGCCAAAACUUCAGCCCAAAGUCAGUCCUUGUUAGGCAACAGAUGGUUCCCAGAGAAAAAACACCACCAAAAUGUGAAAUACGAGGAAACAACUUCAAACAGAAUUCAAAUUUACUUAAUCAACCAAAAAUCAUCACAGCAGACAAACGCUAUCAGUGUAGUAAAUGUGAGAAAACCUUCAUUAACACAUCAUCCCUCCGUAAACACGAGAAAAACCAUAGUGGAGAGAAGUUGUUUAAAUGUAAGGAAUGUUCAAAAGCCUUUAACCAAAGUUCAGCUCUUAUUCAACAUCAAAUAACUCAUACUGGAGAGAAACCCUAUGUGUGUAAAGAAUGUGGGAAAGCCUUCACUCUUAGUACAUCCCUUUAUAAGCACCUGAGAACACAUACUGUGGAAAAAUCCUAUCGAUGUAAAGAAUGUGGCAAAUCCUUCAGCAGAAGGUCUGGCCUUUUUAUACAUCAAAAAAUCCAUGCUCGAGAAAAUCCCCAUAAGUAUAAUCCAGGUAGGAAGGCAUCUAGUUGCAGCACGUCCCUUUCUGGGUGUCAGAGACAUCAUUCCAGAAAGAAGUCCUAUUUAUGUAACGAAUGUGGCAACACCUUUAAGUCGAGCUCAUCCCUUCGUUAUCAUCAGAGAAUUCACACUGGAGAGAAACCUUUUAAAUGUAGUGAAUGUGGGAGAGCCUUCAGUCAGAGUGCCUCUCUCAUUCAACAUGAAAGAAUUCACACUGGAGAAAAGCCGUACAGAUGUAAUCAAUGUGGGAAAGGCUUCACUUCUGUUUCACGACUUAAUAGACACCGAAUAAUUCAUACUGGUGAGAAGUUUUAUAACUGUAAUGAAUGUGGUAAAGCCCUAAGUUCCCACUCGACACUUAUUAUUCAUGAGAGGAUUCAUACUGGAGAGAAACCAUGUAAAUGUAAAGUGUGUGGGAAAGCCUUCAGACAGAGUUCAGCUCUCAUUCAACAUCAGAGAAUGCAUACCGGAGAAAGACCCUAUAAAUGCAAUGAGUGUGGGAAGACAUUCAGGUGUAACUCCUCCCUUAGUAAUCAUCAGAGAAUUCAUACUGGAGAGAAACCAUAUCGAUGUGAGGAAUGUGGGAUAUCUUUUGGCCAAAGUUCAGCUCUUAUUCAACAUCGGAGGAUUCAUACGGGAGAGAAACCCUUUAAAUGUAAUACGUGUGGGAAAACUUUUAGACAAAGCUCAUCACGUAUUGCCCAUCAGAGAAUUCAUACUGGAGAGAAACCCUAUGAAUGUAAUACCUGUGGGAAACUCUUCAACCACAGGUCCUCCCUUACCAAUCAUUAUAAAGUCCACAUUGAAGAUAAGCCCUAGAACGUAGAUUUGCAUGUGUGAGAGCCUUAAACCAAAGCUGAUUAGAGUACAUGAGAGUGAUGUGAUAAAUGCUAUGGAUAUGAAAACCCUUCUUGUAAUUUAGUCCUCAUCAGAUAGUAAAUUACAAGGAUAAACCUUGACUAUGUAAUAGAUAAUGAGGAAAGUAUAAAGUGUUUGUGCCUGUCAGACACGUUUUUAAGUAACCUGAAAUGAAUUCACAACUGGAGACAUUGCAUAUUUGUAAAAUAAAAGAAUUGUUUUCUCUCUA